AAAGUUUGUCUGGAGUCCGUGGAGCUGUCAUCGAUUUUAACAGUUUUGCUUCAUUUUGGCUACUAUUUCUGGAUGUUACUGUAACGAUGGAAUAAGUAAACAUGGUGGUAAAUUCAGUUCACUGGUUUCGUAAAGGUCUGCGGUUGCACGAUAAUCCGGCGCUGCAGGAGGCCCUGAAUGGAGCGGACACAGUGCGCUGUGUUUAUAUUCUAGACCCAUGGUUUGCUGGAUCUGCUAACGUGGGAAUCAACCGAUGGAGGUUUUUGUUGGAGGCUCUGGAGGACCUGGACAGCAGUCUCAAGAAACUCAACUCUAGGCUUUUUGUAGUCAGAGGGCAGCCUACCGAUGUCUUCCCCAGGCUUUUUAAGGAGUGGAACGUGACCAGGCUGACCUUUGAAUAUGACCCAGAGCCUUAUGGGAAAGAGAGGGAUGGUGCAAUUAUCAAGAUGGCCCAAGAAUUUGGAGUGGAAACCAUUGUCAGAAACUCGCAUACCCUCUACAACUUAGAUAGCAGGAUAAUAGAGAUGAACAACAACAGUCCUCCUCUGACCUUUAAGCGCUUUCAGACUAUUGUGAGCAGACUGGAGUUGCCUAGGAGACCUCUGCCUCUUGUCACCCAGGAACAGAUGGACAAAUGUUGCACCAAAAUAGCUGACAACCACGACCAGCUAUACAGUAUACCUUCAUUGGAAGAACUGGGUUUCAGGACAGAUGGUUUACGUCCAGCUGUAUGGCGUGGAGGAGAAUCAGAGGCAUUGGACAGACUCAGUAAACAUCUGGACAAAAAGGUGUGGGUAACCAGCUUGGAGAACCCCCGUGUUAACACCUGCUCUCUGUAUGCCAAUCCUACGGGCCUCAGCCCCUACCUGCGUUUCGGGUGUUUGUCCUGUAGAGUUUUGUACUACAACCUCAGAGAGCUUUACAUGAAGGUCCGUAAACGCUGCAGUCCUCCUCUGUCCCUGUUUGGCCAGCUCUUAUGGAGGGAAUUCUUUUACACUGCAGCCACCAACAACCCAAACUUUGAUCAUAUGGAUGGAAACCCCAUCUGUGUCCAGAUCCCAUGGGACCAGAACCCAGAAGCACUGGCCAAGUGGGCUGAGGGUCGGACUGGGUUCCCUUGGAUCGACGCCAUCAUGACACAGCUGAGACAAGAGGGCUGGAUCCACCACCUUGCGCGGCACGCUGUGGCCUGCUUCCUCACCAGGGGAGACUUGUGGAUCAGCUGGGAGAGUGGCAUGAAGGUAUUUGAGGAACUGCUGCUGGAUGCAGACUGGAGUGUGAAUGCUGGCAGUUGGAUGUGGUUGUCCUGUAGUGCCUUCUUUCAGCAGUUCUUCCACUGCUACUGUCCUGUUGGCUUUGGAAGGAGAACUGACCCGUCAGGAGACUACAUCAGACAUUACGUCCCCAUCCUUAAGGACUACCCAAACCGGUACAUCUAUGAGCCAUGGAAUGCCCCCGAGUCGCUCCAGAAGGCAGCCAACUGCGUGGUGGGAGUGGAUUACCCCAAACCCAUGAUCAAUCACGCAGAGAGUAGCAGGCUCAACAUCGAGAGGAUGAAACAAGUUUACCAGCAGCUUUCCCAUUACAGAGGACUCAGUCUGCUAGCAUCUGUACCGACAAUCCAGGAGGAAGCAGAGCCACCGAUGACUGAUGAGUCCCAGACCAGCAGUGGCCCAGAUUCUCCUCUGAGAGUUCCUGCUGACAGAGAGGCAGCUGGCUGCUCUGAAGCUCCUGAUUCUUUCACAGUCUGCACAUCCUCCACAUCAGUCCAACAUCCAGAGCAGGCGGACCAGGCUCCCUGCAUCUCCUCAGGCUCUCACGCUGAGCCCAUUCAUCCUCCCUCCUUGUCCUCAACACUGGCCCUCAGUCCCCUGUCAAAGUCUAAACUGUCUUCCCCUUCCUCUUCUUGUCCCGGUCCAUCUACCGCCCUGGCUCAGUCAUCAUCAUUAGGACCGAAGAGAAAAGGCCUUAACCGCAAGGUGCGGCGUGGCCAUAGGCAGCGAGGGCGACAGUACUGCACUCUAGCUGCUCGGGAGAGGGAGGCAACAGGAGGAGAGGAGAAGAUGGAAGAGGACGUGGAGCAGAAUAAGGACAGAAUGGAGGACGAUGAUCAGACUUCUGGAGAAACAGCAAGACAGCUGCAGUGAUAAAAGGUGGAGUGCAAGAGAAGAAUGUAUAAAAAUCCAUCAUGGACACCUGGACACAUCAAGACAUACAAUGAACAAUGUUCUGGAUAUGUGGACAGUAUAAGUACAUAGAGAAGCAUGUAUACAACCCAAGUGAAAACUGUAAAAAAAAAAAAAAAAAACUAUAAAAGCAUUUACAUUAUACUUCAGGAGAAAUACUAAAAAAACUAGGAUAUGAGCAUUUCUAUAAGCUCCUCGACUUAAAGCGAUUACAGUAUCAGGACUCAUUUCCUUCAGAAGUUCUUCAGUAUACAUGAGUAAACUCCAGAACAGUUCCACCUCAGAGACAUACUUGGUGAAUAAGAAGCAAUUUCAAUCUUUGCACUGAAGCCAUACAACACAUACAUCACCCUCUCUUUCUUCCCUUUGGACUGAAUGUGUCACAGUCUUCUUUCUGCACGAGACUCUCUCUCCUCUGGGUUAAUUGAAGCUUUUCAUACAGCAGCCUGUUCACUAUGCUUUACAGGGUUUAAUGAGUUAUCUGAAUCGCUGACUUUAACUGAAGAUGAAUGACAGGCCACUACUCACUGCACAAUUAAAGCUAAAGUACGGUGGGGAAGUGACAUUGAAGGUCUGCUAUAGAAGUCCAAACCUGACAUAGCCCAGCCAUCUUGACAACCGACAAAACAGUAGUAGUCAAGCUGUUCACUUGACUUACCAUGGAGAACCAGUUCCACUUAAGAAAUGGCACCAAACUGUCUAGUCUAUAGGAAUCAUGCCUCUGUGCUUAUCAAUUCCUUGCUGGCCUGCUGCUUGACAGUUGCUCAUUGUAAAAAAUGAUCUUUCUCUUGGCAGUUUCAUGAAACAUGUGCAGGCCUGUUUGAGCCUGUUUCUCUUCUGGGUUUAGAAUAGGAUUAUGUUUUUCAAUAGUCCAUCUUUAUACACAGUCUGUGGUCAGGAACAGCUUAUUCUGGGACUUUAUCUUCAUUUGAUGUAGCAGGGAUCAACCUAAUAGAAGCUUCAGACAGAUUUUACUGACUUGAUGUUCAGACUUUACAAUAUCAGCCCAAUAUUCCCCUGAAAGGUGUGUAGAUUCGGAACGAACGAUAGAUUAUUGGCUUUAUUUUGUGCACUGUAUAAAAUUAUAACUUUAACCCUUUUUUAAAAACCAUCUUUUCUCAUAUAACGUAUUUUCUUUGCAAAAAGGCAAAAAAAAAGGUGUACUUGAGCAAGUUAAAGCUAACUGUUAAAAUCGAAGUAUUAAGGUUCGAACACCUAAAGAAUUUAAGUUGAUAUACCACAUAGUUGAAUUACAUUUUAAAAAAAUAAAACUAUACAUUUAAACAUGUAUCUAUUUCUAUUAAGCAUAAUUUUUUUUUUUUUUAAAGUCAGAAAACUUUAUAAUUGAGCAUACCCCAAAGAAACCACCAGCCAAAAGCCCAAUUACUCAAAACCCCCAUAAAAGCUAUACAUUUAAGGAUCUGUUGAUAUUUCAUUUAGUCCGUGAAAUGUCAACAAAUAAUUGCACAAAACUGUCUCUGAGCUCAUUGUGACUUCUGCUUGAUUUGAACAAGAACUAAAAAAAAAAAAAAUUAGCCACGUGUGAUGAAGAAAAGCACUAAGUCUUUUUUGUUCCCAAUCAAAAAAAUACACAGACCUCUGAAAAUAUUUUCUCUUUAUGUUGAUCACAAAAUCAUCUGAUCUUUUUUGCUUUUUCUCAGCGUUAGUCUGAAUCCAGCAUUCGGCUUCAAGGUGAAGACACUAAUUUUAUUGAAACACUUGUUGAAACUCAGGUGGCGAAAGCUCUUAUAAAGGAGUACCUGUUUGAAAAUUUUUAAUAAAAUGCCUAAUAUGAAUGUUUUCCAGUAUAUCUGAUAUUUUUGCUAGUAGCCAUGCUAAUUACGGAAUUAGAUAACAUUUUUAUAGUCACUGAAAGCUGUGAAUUUGCUGUUUGAAUAUGAAUAUGAAGCAGGGGAUGACGGUGAUGGAGGAAAGUCAUUUUGCUAUCUGGCAACUUAAGAUCCUGCUUGCGUGACUGGAGUGCCAAGGAAAUAAAUGUUUUGUUGUUCUCCUCA